CUGAGAUGGCCCGGCCCGCGGCGCUGCAGGCGAUUGGCUGAAGCCGCCUUCAUUAUCAAUCGGGCUCCCGCCGGGGGUUGGCUCUUGUGAAGGCGAAUGGGGAGGUGGAGUCACAGGCCAACUGGUCGAAGGCUCGGCUGACCCACGGACAGGCCGCAGUGUCCCUGUCCGCAGACUGCGAGCGCCGGUCUUGUCCGUCAGUUCGCGCGCUCGCCCCGCCCCUUACUUGCCGCGCCCCUAUCAGGCCCCGCCCUUUCUUUUCGCAUUGCGGGGCGCUGGAGGUUGGCGCUGUGCCCCCUGAGCCCCACGUGGCGCCCCGUCGGGGCCGGGGGAGGCAAAUCCGGAGACGACACCCCCAACCCGGCUGAGUUGCGGUGGCCACUGGGCGAGGGCGGGGGUAGCUAAGCUGAGAGGACUGUGGGGAGGGUGACGUCAGGGUGAGUGGGGGCCAAGGAAGGAGCGAGUGGGGGAGGGGGGAGAGAGAGAGAGCGAGAGAACCCGUGGGUCGGGUCGAGUGAGAAGCGAGGGCAGGAAGGAGAGAGGGGGAGGAAGGAGAGAGAAGUCGCUGCAGAGGACUGCUGGUUGCGGUUCCCAGGGCUGCGGGUCCAGGUGGGGUAGCAACUGCUGUCCGGGGAAGCUAGAAGGAGAGGCAGAGCGGGGAGGGAAAGAGAGAGCGAAAAGAGGGGCGGGGGGGGGCGGUGGUGGAGGGAGGAGAGAAGAAAGGAGACGGGGAGACAGAGGGUGGGGAAAGGAGAGACUGACGGGAGAGGCAGGAAACUGGAGAGAGAGGAAACUGCCCUAAGGAGAAAGAAGAGGAGGAGGAAAGAGGCGAAAGAGGAGGAGAGACUUGGAAGGAGAAAGAAGUAGAGGAGAGAGGAGAGAGAGGCAGAAGGAGAGGAAGGAAAGGAGAGUUAGAGGUACAUGAAGGAAGCGAGAAAGCAGGAGGUACAAGGUGGAGAGAGGACCUCAGAAGGAGAGAGAACCCAAGAGUAGGAAUGUGGAAGGGAAACAGCCCAGGGUGUAACCAGGGAGCAGCCAUGGAAGGAACCGGUGGAGAACUGGGGGGACAAGGGAACUGGGGUCUCGAAGAUGCCCCAGGCCUCUUGGCCAGGGCCUCCCUGCCCAUCAUGCCUACAUGGCCAUUGCCUCUGGCCUCAUCUGCCCUUACCCUGCUCCUUGGAGCUCUCACUUCCCUCUUCCUCUGGUACUGCUACCGCCUGGGCUCCCAAGAUAUGCAGGCCCUAGGGGCUGGGAGUCAGGCUGGGGCUGUCAGUGGUAGGCCUGGAGGGUGCUCUGAGGCUGGCAGACCAAGCCCACGGAGCUCUGGGGAGUCUGUGGAAGGACCUAGGACAGAAGGCCUAGUGAGCCGUCGUCUUCGGGCCUACGCCAGGCGCUACUCUUGGGCAGGGAUGGGUAGGGUGAGGCGGGCGGCUCAGGGUGGCCCAGGCCCUCGGGGAGGGCCAGUGGUCCUGGGCAUUCAGCGCCCAGGCCUGCUUUUCCUGCCAGACCUGCCCUCAGCCCCGUUCGUGCCACGGGACGCCCAGCGGCAUGACGUGGAGCUCCUGGAGAGCAGCUUCCCUGCCAUUUUGAGGGACUUUGGGGCUGUGAGCUGGGACUUCUCAAGGACUACCCCUCUGCCUCGGGGCUGGUCCCCACCACUGGCCCCUGGGUGCUACCAGCUCCUGCUAUACCAAGCAGGCCGGUGCCAACCCAGCAACUGCCGCCGGUGCCCGGGGGCCUAUCGGGCACUGAGGGGGCUGCGAAGCUUUAUGAGUGCCAACACCUUCGGCAAUGCUGGCUUUUCCGUCCUCCUGCCUGGGGCCCGGCUCGAGGGCCGCUGUGGGCCCACCAAUGCCCGAGUCAGAUGCCACCUGGGUCUGAAGAUCCCUCCUGGCUGUGAGCUGGUGGUCGGGGGUGAGCCCCAGUGCUGGGCUGAGGGACAUUGUCUACUGGUGGAUGACUCCUUCCUGCAUACAGUGGCUCAUAAUGGCUCUCCCGAAGAUGGGCCUCGAGUGGUCUUCAUCGUGGACCUUUGGCAUCCCAACGUGGCUGGGGCCGAACGCCAGGCCCUCGACUUUGUCUUCGCACCAGACCCUUGAAGGAAGGUGUUCCCUUCAGACAUCUGGGCUGGAGAGAUGCUGCGCUCGGGGAUGGCCUGAGUGGUAGCCAGGACCACCUCUCCAUUGCAGGGGGUGGGGUGGGGCUGAGGGUGGGAACUGGCCAGUGAACACCGAAAUAUAGAUUAUUAAAUCCU